AUGGCCGACAGCAAGGUCAAUCCGGAGCGGGAUGGCGACAUCGUCGAGGCCGAGCGGGCGCAGUCGCCAGAACUGCAGAAGUCGGGCCAGAACCUCAGCAGGAUGGACAAGGAGCUGGCACAGUACGUGUCGGACGCGGCCAUCGAGAUCUCGGACGAGGAGAACACGCGGCUGCGGCGGCUCAUCGACAAGCGCGUGCUUCUCAUCAUGAUCGCCACCUACUUCUUGCAGGCCAUCGACAAGGGCACCAUGAGCUUUGCAUCCAUCAUGGGCAUCGUCGAGGACACGGGGCUCGAGGGGCCGGAUUACUCGUGGCUCACAACCUGCAUCUACAUCACCAUCCUGGUGGUCGAGUACCCGCAGAACUACAUCAUCGCGCGCGUGCCCAUCGCCAAGUACCUGUCCUUCUCCAUCGUGGCGUGGGGCGCGGUGCUGGCCUGCACGGCGGCCUGCCACAACUUCACGGGGUUGCUCGUCGUGCGCACGCUGCUGGGCCUGUUCGAGUCGGUGUGCCAGCCAGCCUUCGUGGUGCUGUCCUCGACGUGGUACAAGCGUGAGGAGCAGGCGGCGCGCGUGACCUACUGGUACAUGAUGAACGGCGCGCAGCAGAUGGUCGGCGGCCUGCUGGCCUACUGCUUCUCGCUGAUCACCACGGGCCCGCUCAAGAGCUGGCAGUGGCUGUUCAUGGCCUAUGGCAUCAUCUCGGUCGUCUACGGCGUCUUCGUCGGCUGGUGGAUGCCCGAUUCGCCUAUGCGCGCCAAGUGCUUCUCCGAGGAGGACAAGCACCUCAUGGUCGAGCGCGUGCGCUCCAACCAGACCGGCAUCCAGAACCGCACCUUCAAGCGGGAGCAGAUGUGGGAGGGCCUGCUGGACCCCCAGGCCUGGGGCUACGCGCUGAUCCAGCUGUGCACCACGCUGCCGACCAGCGGCCUCGGCAGCUUCCAGGGCAUCAUCAUCAAGAGCUUCGGCUUCACCACUCUGCAGACCCAGCUGCUGGCCAUGGUGCUGGGCGCCUACAUCAUCAUCGUGCUGCUGAGCUCGUCGUGGCUGGUCAAGAAGACGCAGCAGAACCUGCUGGUCAUGCUGGGCUUCUGCAUUCCCUCCUUCAUCGGCACAAUCUGCCUCAUGACCGUGCCCCUCGACACCAAGUCCCAGAAGAUCGGCCUGGUCAUCUGCUACUACAUCACGCUCUCCUUCUGGUCGGCCCAGACGCUGGCUCUGUCCAUGGUCUCGCGCAACAUCGCGGGGCAGACCAAGAAGAGCGUGGUGGUGGCGCUCAACUUCAUCGUCUGGUCGGCCGGCAAUGCCAUCGGGCCGCAGGUGUUCCUGUCGUACGACAAGCCGCGCUACUUCAUCGCCUUCGCCACCCACCUGGGCUGCUACAGCCUGCUGGUGAUUGUGAUCAUCGCGCUGCGGUUCUACCUCGUGGCGCAGAACAGGAAGCGCGACGCGCUGGCCGCCGCCGGCGUCAGCGAGGCCAGGGACGAGAGGAUGGUGCAUGCUUUUGAGGACUUGACGGAUAAGGAGAACCCGAACUUCCGCUAUGUUUAUUAA